ACAGCCCGUCCUCUCCAGCAGCCCCGCGCGGCGCUUCCUGCGCAGCGAUGCCGAGAAAAAUCCGGCUGCCGACAGUUGGACUCCCCGCCUCCGGUCUCUUAGCAACAGCGCUUCCCGGAGGCUGCUGGGAAUUGUAGUUUUUCUUUUUCUGCACCGUACUGGCUUAGAACGGUUCCAAAUGGAGCCUUUCCAGCAUGCAGACUUCAAGAAGCUGUCUCCCAGGGCAGAGGAAGCUGAAGGGGCCAAAGCUGAAACAUCCCUUGUGCUGAAGCAGCCCAAGAAAGCUAAGAAAAGAAAGUCGACUCAAGAGAUUACCCCAGUCCCUCCCGCCACCCCGGGAAGUUCUUUGCCUCCAGAAUCUGCAACUGCAGAGAAAAAGUCCCAGCGUUUGCGUCCUUUAUAUCAAUACAUUAACUAUGACAACCCAGAGAUGAACAGACCAUUGGACAAGGAAUAUGACCUGCCCCAAAUGGAGGCGCCUUCUACCCAAGGAAACAAGGCAGGCACCGUAGAACUGAGACUACCUCCAUCAAUAGGACAGAAAUUACUGCAUUCUGAUCUCCGGUUCUCUGGGGCAGAAGGCAAGGAACCAAGGGGUCUACCAAGUGCCCCUUCCGUAGUGAAAACAGAGGUAGAUAAGUCUACUCAAGUGGACAUUGAUAAGAUGCUCAGCGUCUGUGCAGCUCAUUUAGUCCCACCAUUGUCACCCCAGAACAGAUAAUCGUAUCUGAUAGGAGGCCAAGCUCAAGAGAUCAACAGUGCUUUUUUUCAGAGAUGCUCCUUGAAUCCGGUCAAGAGUGUAAUUCAUUUUUUGUUCAUUACAAGCGGGUGUCAAAGUAUAAGCAUUUUGUCUUGUUUCUUGCGGUAAAAUAGAGAGAAAAAUGGGAACAGUCUAAAUAGGAGUGGAAUUGCUGCUAUCUAAAUACCAGUGCCCAACUGAAUGUUAGAAAAGACAAGAGAAAUACCGUCCGUUCCUCUCAAACCCCAGACCUUGUUGCUCCCACUGUAAAUCAAGAACUGAAAUCCGAAGCAUAAGAUAUAGCUGUGGUACCUAAAAAUAGCUUCAAAGUCACAAAAGAGAAGAAAACAAUUAAGAUUUUUUUCCCCUUAGGGAGCAGAGCAGCUGAUCUGGUACAUGGUUUUUAUCUGUUCUUAGUUUCCAUUGUAGACUAUCAUUUAAAAGAACACAACUGAGGCGUGCUUGUUAAUGCUUUAUCUUAACUUACAGGAUUAAAACCCAGUAGGAAAACAACGUAAGAAAAAUAAAAUAACAUUCAAGUAAACAAAUGUUUCAUUAAAAAGUUAAAAGUUGGUUGUUUUUCUUUUGAGUUCUGGCAAUAAAAUCUCCUCCACGGAUCUUGCAGGAUUAAAACGGGAGAAAGGCAAAGUUGACCAGAAUUUGCUUCAAUUCACUAAGCUGCUGUUUAUCUUGGAUUGUCUCCAACAAAUGCCAAGCCCUACCAGGUUAGAUUACAGUCAAGAGUAACUGGGGUAUAUUUUCAAGUCAGCUUCCCUCUCUUUUAUUGUUCGCUUCAUUAAACAGCCAAAAAUUUCUCACCAUCAAAGCUGGGCAUGGGACAUGGUUUUUGCACUGCCAAGUAAUCAACAUCGGUGAGAUUGGCUAGCAUGGAAAAAGACAGAAAAGAAUAUUG